UCUAUCUGGGGGCACCUGGAGGGUAGUUCAAAGAACUAGCCCUGUUUAUGCAUUUGCCAUUCUGGUAGAGCCUCCCUUCACUGUUCCUGGCUUCUGCAUCGCCUUUCAAGUUAAAAUGGUCCCGUUGGUUAUGAUGGGCAAGUUUACCUAAGGGCUACUGGCAGAACUUCUCUUUGGAGUCCUUGGAGGCAGGUUAUGGGCAGGACUGUCUCUGGCCCACACCAUGAAGCCUGAAUCAGCUUUUGUUCUGCCCUGGAGCCUUCUCCGUCUGAGCACUCAGUUCUUGGCUGCCCCCCUUUCUUCUGUGCCUGGCUGCUAGGAGAAAGACCUUCAGGACCAGCCCUUGGCCUGCUGCUACCUUUCACCUGGCUCUCCUCACCGCUCCUUCUCUUGAGGCAUUGUCCUCUCAGUCCCCUCCCUAGCCUUCCUGGCUGGGGACUGGGGGGACCUGACAGGCAAAGUGCAUUGCCGAAGGCUUCUAUCCUGCACCUUCUCCUCCUUGAAUCAAGGCCUCCGGAUCCGCAUGGAUAGCUGAGAUCUUUUUCUUGGAGACAGACCCCUCUGCUCCCCUCCUGCGUGUUCUCUAUCUCCCUUCUGCCCCCACCCCCUGCCUCUGGGUUGAAUUCCUUCUAAUCCCAUCUUGUUCAUCUCCCCAUCCUCAGCCUCUUAAGGAUUUGUGCCUGCCUCUUUCCUCUCUGCCCCUGUCCCCUCCACCACUCUCCUCCUCCUCACUGCUCCUUGUCACUGCCCAGUGGGGAAUCCUAUUCUCUCACCCAUCCCAGCUGUUGGCUGUUCCUUGCUGUUCCUUGUUUGGGCUGCCAUGAUGAGUUUCACCGCCCCCUCGAUGUUCUUCACCUUGAAGGUGAGCUUUCUGCUGGGGUCCCUACUGGGGCUAUGCCUGGGCCUCGAGUUCAUGGGCCUCCCCAACCAGUGGGCCCGUUAUCUCCGCUGGGAUGCGAGCACACGGAGUGAUCUGAGCUUCCAGUUCAAGACCAACGUCUCCACGGGCCUGCUCCUCUAUCUGGAUGAUGGUGGCGUCUGCGACUUCCUCUGCCUGUCCCUGGUGGAUGGCCGUGUGCAGCUCCGUUUCAGCAUGGACUGUGCUGAGACGGCUGUGAUGUCCAACAAACAGGUGAAUGACAGCAGCUGGCACUUCCUCAUGGUGAGCCGUGACCGCCUGCAGACAAUGCUGAUGCUGGAUGGUGAGGGCCAGUCUGGGGAGCUGAAGCUCCAGCGGCCCUACAUGGAUGUGGUCAGUGACUUGUUCCUCGGUGGAGUCCCUGCAGACAUCCGACCUUCGGCUCUGACCCUAGAUGGAGUACAGGCCAUGCCCGGCUUCAAGGGAUUAAUCCUGGAUCUCAAGUAUGGCAACACGGAGCCUCGGCUUCUGGGGAGCCAGGGUGUCCAGCUGGAUGCAGAGGGACCCUGUGGUGACCGUCCCUGUGAAAAUGGGGGGAUCUGCUUUCUCCUGGAUGGCCACCCUACCUGUGACUGCUCCACCACUGGCUAUGGUGGCAAGCUCUGCUCAGAAGGUAAGGCAGUGCUUUCCCAUUCCCCCCUCUUGCUAGAGGCACCCCUGGGUUAGGAGAGUACCAAAGCCCCACUGGA